AUGGUGAAAAUUCCUGCUCAAUUGAUUGAGCUAACCUUUUUAGCAACCUUCAAUUUUUUUCCCAACCACCUGUCAGGCAAAGCUCAUGAUAAAUUACAGUUUGGAACCUUUGAUGAAAGAAGUUAUAUUGGUAAUCAUGGUCUCUGUGGACCAUUCAUUCAUAGCUUUGACAUUGUUGAAGAACCAUCAACAUCAACUUCCAAUGAAGAGAAAGAUGAGGAUGCAAUAGACAUGGAAGAGGCCAAGGUAGCUUUGAUACCUGUGAAGCGACUGAAAUUGGCUUUUUGCUGGAAGAGGGUGGUUGUGGGAGGUGGUGGGGUGUCUCUUGUGGAGGGGAAUCGGGAUUGGGAGGUAGCGUUGACAAUGGCGACACCUGGAGAGGGGAAGUUUGAGGGGAAUGGGGAGGUGAUUCCAUGGGUUUCUGAUAGUGAGGAUGGAGAAGAUGAGGGCGAAAAUGAAAAUGCAGGGGGAAAUGAUCCGCAGAGUGAUUGCUGUAGCUGGGAGCGAGUCACGUGCAAUCAUACCACAAGUCACGUGAUCGAGCUCCCCUUGGACAACGUUUAUUAUGAUCUUCCCUUUUUCUCGUCGCUAGUGAAUAUGUCCAUGUUCCAGCCACUGAAAGAACUCAGAAUCCUUAAUUUAUCUUACAAUGGAUUUGAUGCUGGUUCUGAAAGCUUGGCAAGACUGGAAAAGCUAGAGAUUUUGGAUCUUAGUCAUAACAGCUUGGAUGAAAGCAUCAUGCCAUCACUGGGUGGACUCACAUCCCUUAAGAAACUAAUUCUAUCACAAAACGCGUUUGGUAUCUAUCCUAAACAAGGUUUCCCAAAUUUAUCAAAUCUGAGCGGGCUAGAGUAUCUAGAUAUAAGGGGAAAUUACAUUCAGAAAGUCAGUUUCAGGUUAUUGGGUAGACUAUCAUCUCUCAAAUAUCUAGAUCUCUCUUCCAAUUCCUUGGAAGGGCCUCUUCCUCUCCAUGAAAUUUCUAAUUUAAGCAAGUUGGAGCUGCUUAUUUUGGAAGAUAAUUCACUCAAUGGAACUUUGCGAGUCCAAGAUUUGAAAAGUUUUGCAAAUUUACAAAUUUUAGAUCUGGGUAUAAAUGAAUUGGAUGGGAGCAUUCUUCCUGGACUUUGUGCAUUAAAUAGACUUCAGGAGGUAGAUCUCAGUUACAAUAAAUUUGAAGGUUCCCUUCCUCCAUGCCUCCAAAAUUUGACAUCCCUUAGAGUGUUAGAUCUCUCGCAAAACAAGUUCAAUGGAAAUGUUUCGUCAUAUGUCAUAGCUGGUCUGAGGUCCCUCGAAUACAUUGAUCUAAGUCAUAAUCAAUUUAUGGGUUCAUUCUCAUUCAGCUCAUUUGGCAAUCAUUCCAAGCUGGACGUGGUAAAAUUCGUAAGUGACAAUGACAAGUUUGAAAUAGAAACUGAAGAUGCAGUUUGGGUUCCAAACUUUCAAUUGAAGGUCCUUGUACUGUCUAACUGCAAUCUGAACAAGAAAAUUCCUCAGUUUCUUCUUCAACAGUGGCAACUGAAAGUAAUUGAUCUCUCUCACAAUAAGUUGAAAGAAAGAUUUCCUGCUUGGUUACUUGCAAAUAAUACUAGACUUGAAUUCCUGAGUCUCAGGAAUAACUCCUUGAUAGGUCAGUUUCACAUACAGCCCUAUCCUUUGGAGAAAGCUAUUCAUGUGGAUCUCUCAGACAAUCAAAUUGAAGGGCAGCUGCAAGAAAAUGUUGGAAAACAAUUUCCUCAUUUGAUAUCUCUUAAUUUAUCCAAAAAUGCUUUUGAAGGUAGUCUUCCUGCUUCCAUUUGUGAUAUUACAAACUUGAAGGAGUUGGACCUUUCUUUCAACAAUUUCUCUGGGGAAGUAGGAUUUACUGCACGUUGCACCAAUUUGGAUGUUUUAGACUUAUCCAACAACAACUUUCAUGGGGAAUUUUUCUCAACUCAUUACCAAUGGAGUGUGUUGGAGGCCUUGCGGUUGAGUGACAACAAAUUUACAGGAAGUCUGCCAAAUAUAAAAUCAUUCAAAUCAUUUUCGCUGUCUUCAUUUGACAUCAGUAACAAUUAUAUGUCAGGGAAGAUUCCCAGAUGGAUUGGUAACUUGACAUGGCUGCAGAUACUUGAUAUGCGGAAUAACUCUUUUGAAGGAGAGCUUACUUGUGAACCAUUUUCUGUUACGUAUUUAGAUCUAUCUCAUAACUUUCUUUCGGGAUCACUACCUUCUUGCUCGAACACAGGAAAUUUAGAGCAAAUACAUCUGCAAGAGAACAACUUCACAGGAUCACUGCCAGAGGCCUUGCUCAAUUCAUCUAAUCUAUUGGCAUUGAAUGUUAGAGAUAACAGGUUGUCUGGAAAAAUUCCCAACAUGAUUGCUGAACUUUCCAAUUUAAGGGUUCUUCUAUUGGGAGGAAACAAUUUGAGUGGCUCUAUUCCAAAGCAAUUGUGUCAGUUGCAAAACAUAAGCUUAAUGGAUCUUUCGAGCAACGCUUUUUCUGGGUCAAUACCCCGCUGCUUCUACAAUAUCACCUUUGGGAAGAUGAGGCCUAAUUAUCAGUCAAUUGCUGAAACGUCAAUUUACCUGCCAUUUUGGACUUGGAUAUAUGAUUAUUACUAA